UCAGUAUUAUACUUUAACACAGCGUCAUUACAAUGAACAUCUUCAUAAUAGCAGUCAUUAUUGGUGUUUGUAGUGCGACCAUGGUGCAACCAAGACAAGAAACGGUUGACGAAGAAUGCAGAAGCUGCGCAACUAUAUCAGACUUGAAGAAUGAAUUGGCACAAUUGAGACUGAUGAUAACGCAGAUUGAUAAUACAUGCAAGACGCAAGUGAAAACCUGCAGUACUCGUCCAUGUUUGAAUGGCGGGACGUGCACUCAUUUUAGCUCCAGUUACCAGUGCAAAUGCUUGAAUGGGUUUUCGGGUAAAGAUUGUCAAGUUUGUGCAAUUUCUGCAAACGAUUGGACACUUUAUGAUGGAAAGUAUUACAUGUUCGUUAAAAACGCGAUAAACUGGAUGGAUGCUCAGAACGACUGUCUGUCACGUGGUGGAAGAUUGGCUGAAGUUAAUUCUCAGAAUGUUGGAGCCUGGUUAAAAAGGCAAGCCAGCCAGAGAGGUGGAGGUUGGUGGUUAGGAGCAACAGAUCUGGUUCAAGAAGGAACGUGGAAAUGGACAUCAGGAAAUCAGAUCGGGUAUUCUGAUUGGGCAUAUGGGGAACCAAACAAUACUGGCCAAGACCAAGACUGCCUCCAGCUAUGGGACAAGGAAUCAUAUCUCUGGGAUGAUCUUUGGUGCACAUCUGAACGAAAUUACAUUUGUCAGAGAAAAACUUGCAAUAGUGAUGAAUAGAUGUCUCCACAGUAGUUUUGAAGAAAAUGAAACUGAUUUGAUAUUUAAUAAACAGACUAGAUACAAAUAA